ACAACGUAAACAUUGUGCAAGAAGUCAGUUCCAGAGGCGAAGGAGAGUUCGAUUGAAAACGCGGAAAAAGAACUGAAAUAUCUUCGGAAUGGCGACAUUUACUUGUCUCAGCUGCCAUGUGGCAUUUUCUGAUGGCGAUGGACAGCGUGAUCACUUUCGUUCUGAUUGGCAUCGGUAUAAUUUGAUGAGAAAGAUGUCCGAACUGCCCCCCGUGUCAAGGGAGACGUAUAACGAAAAGGUGGUUCAGGUUCAGGGCCAGUGCGCCAAGGCUGCUGCUGAUGCAGGGAGUCAAAAACCCUACUGCAAGCCAUGCAAGAAGUCAUUUGCCACACAAAUGGCUUAUGACAAUCAUGUGAAAUCCAAUAAACAUGUGGAGAGGACUAUGAAAUAUGCUGAAGUUUCAGAAAAUCAGAAGAAUACUGCAUUAUCUGCAAAAAGAAAGGAAGAGCCAGAAGAGGAGGAUGAAGAUUUAGAGGUUGAAGAAGUGGACAGUGAUGAGUGGGAGGAUGAAGAAAGAGAACCAAUUCCCCUGAUUGUGUGCCUCUUCUGUAAUCAUGAUGCUGGAAGUCUGGAGAAAAAGCUUCAGCACAUGACAGAAGUGCAUAAGUUUUUUAUACCCGACUUGGAAUAUUGUACUGAUGUAGCUGGCCUUAUGACAUACCUUGGAUGGAAGAUUGGGUGUGGCUUUGAAUGCUUAGUCUGCAAGUGGAAGGCUCGACGGCUCCCCUCUCUCACAGCUAUAAGACAACACAUUGAAGACCAAAAGCACAGUUAUAUUGAAUUGAAAGGAGACACAAUUCUGGAAUAUGGUGACUUCUAUGACUAUUCCACAUCAUAUCCUGAUGCAGAUGCUGCAUCCCCAGAUGAUGAUGUGGAAGCCAAUAUUAUUACAGGGGAUGAAAGUGAACUUGUCUUACCAUCGGGUGCUGUAAUAGGUCACAGGUCUCUCAGGCGAUAUUACAAGCAAAACUUGAAUCCCUACCGCAAGCAAGUGGAAAAGAAGAAGCAUGGAUCUACUUUCCGAAGCCUUCUUGCACAUUAUCGCUCACUUGGCUGGACAGGAACCAGUGGAAAUGAUGCAGUGAAGAAAUUCUGGGAUCAGAAGUAUCUUCAGAAGGUUCGCAGCAGAUACGACUUGAAGCUUGGAGUGAGGGCCAAUAAGCAACAGCAUCAUUUCCGACAACAAAACCCUGUGUAGAAUGUGGUUUUCCCUUCCAACAAGGCUUCAUUAGUUGUAUUUUGGGUUUCCAUUUACCACCUACUAGUAAUCCCUGUAUAUCAAUGUACUUGAUUCAAACUACAUGCAAAACAAGUACAAUUUGUUGGAAGCCAUAAACCAUUUAAUAAUGUUGAUAUUCAUAUUUGAGAAUUAUAUACUGUACAAUGGUAAAUGGUUGAAA